AUGGUUGGCCAAAACGCAGCAAAACAACAACCAAAACCGGUGCACGAACCUGCAUGACGUGGCAAAUAUGAUCUAUCCAAUCAGCAACCAGUGAAACCUGUUGAUUACGAAGAAAUAUCCGCGGAUAUUGAUGACAAACUGAAACCGCUGAUUGCAUCGUACGCGGCCGAAGGUAUGGAAGUACACGGUGAAGAUGACAAGGCAAGUGCUCCUACCCCUCAGAUUUGUUCUCGUAAAUCGGUAUAG